AGGUGUUUGCAACAGACAAUAACGAGUUUUCCAGAAAUGGAGGAACUGUCAGAAGAUUAUGAAGAGGAGGAGAUUGAGUCAAAUGAUUGCAUAGAUAAAUGGAGAAGAUGUUGGAAGAAUUGUACUGAUCAUCUUGGCUGUUCAUCCUUGGGCUACGAGAAAGCUGAUGAUGAGAUGUCUGGCACUGCAACUACAGAGUCGGAUCAAGCAGCCAGAGUUAUUAACAUUAAUCUACCUCAGAUAACUAAAUUUUGUGACAAUCAUAUCAGCACUGCAAAAUACAGCUUGGUAACAUUCCUGCCUCGCUUCUUGUAUGAACAGAUCAGAAGAGCUGCAAAUGCUUUCUUUCUCUUUAUAGCAUUAUUACAACAAAUUCCAGAUGUGUCUCCCACAGGAAGGUAUACAACUCUGAUGCCACUUAUCUUCAUCCUCACAGUUGCUGCCAUCAAAGAAAUUAUUGAAGAUUAUAAAAGACAUAAAGCUGAUAAUAAUGUCAACAAGAAGAAAAUCAAAGUUUUAAAAGAUGGCAAGUGGGAGACCAUUAUUUGGCAAGAGGUUGCGGUGGGGGAUUUUGUGAUGGUCACAAAUGGGCAACGUCUUCCAGCUGACAUUAUCAUUGUCUCCACCAGUGAGCCACAGGCAAUGUGCUACAUUGAAACAUCAAAUUUGGAUGGGGAAACAAAUCUUAAAAUAAGACAGGGCUUGCCAUUGACUUCAAAUAUGCAAUCCACUGCAGAUUUAAUGAAGAUGACUGGGAAUUUGGAAUGUGAUGCACCCAAUCGACAUCUCUAUGACUUCACUGGCAAUCUCCGAAUUGGGGACCAUCGUCCUGCUCCUGUAGGCCCUGACCAGAUUCUGUUACGAGGUGCACAACUGAAGAACACGCAAUGGAUUUAUGGACUCGUAGUAUAUACUGGACACGACACUAAGCUGAUGCAGAAUUCAACUAAGGCACCAUUGAAGAGAUCCAACGUUGAAAGGGUUACAAACAUACAGAUUCUGAUUCUCUUCUGCAUUCUACUGGUUAUGUCCUUGGUGAGCGCCGUGGGCACUGAGAUUUGGAACAACCGUCACAAUACUUCUGACUGGUACCUGGCCAUGAACAGUAAUACCACACCUAAUUUUGGGUUCAACCUUCUCACCUUCAUCAUUCUCUACAACAACCUUAUUCCAAUCAGUUUGUUGGUAACCUUGGAAGUUGUUAAGUUUACACAGGCUCUUUUCAUUAAUUGGGAUAUGGAUAUGUAUCUUUCAAAAACAGACACGCCUGCAAUGGCCAGAACUUCUAAUCUGAAUGAGGAGCUUGGCCAGGUUAAAUACUUAUUUUCAGAUAAAACCGGCACAUUAACUUGCAACAUCAUGGCAUUUAAAAAAUGUUCCAUUGCUGGAAUUUCAUAUGGUCAUAUGACGGACUCUGAUGCUGAACGGUCUUCAGAUGAUUUUUGUAGACACGUGUUUACUUCCCAGAGAUCACCUGAAUUUGAUGAUCCAACAUUAAUAGAUAACAUCGUCAAUGGGCAUCCAACAGCCAAUGAAAUCCAGGAAUUUCUCAUUAUGAUGGCAAUUUGCCAUACAGUAGUUCCUGAAAAUGAUGGCAAUGAUAUUAAGUACCACGGUUCAUCUCCAGAUGAAAAUUCAUUGGUAAAAGCGGCAAAGAAGCUCGGAUUUGUUUUCACUGGAAGAACGCCGGAUUCUGUCAUUAUUGAUGCUAUGGGAAAAGAGCAGACAUAUGAGCUUUUGAAUGUUCUGGAAUUUUCCAGCAGCAGGAAGCGAAUGUCAAUCAUUGUUAGGAUACCAUCGGGAAAGAUUCGACUCUACUGCAAAGGAGCAGACAAUGUCAUUUUUGAAAGACUUUCUGAAUUGUCAAAUUACAGAGCUCAGACCUUGAAUCAUCUUGAUCAGUUUGCUGCAGAAGGUUUGAGGACAUUGUGUUUUGCAUAUACUGACCUGGAAUUUCAUGACUAUAAGCAGUGGGCACAAAUUUAUCAUGAAGCCAGCACAUCUCUUCAGAACAGAGCCACCAAGCUUGAGCAAUGCUAUGAGCUCGUUGAAAAGAACUUGUUGCUACUUGGAGCAACCGCCAUUGAAGAUCGUCUUCAGAAUGGAGUACCCGAAACCAUCUCAACACUAAUGAAAGCUGGAAUCAAAAUAUGGGUCCUUACCGGCGAUAAACAAGAGACUGCAAUUAAUAUAGGUUAUUCAUGCAAGCUUUUAUACCAAAAUAUGACACUGCUAAUAGUGAAUGAAGAUUCUUUGGAUGCAACCAGGGACACUAUUAAUCGUCACUGUGAAGACCUGGGUGAAUCGUUGAAGCAAGAGAAUGAACUUGCCCUUGUCUUGGAUGGAAACACAUUGAACUAUGCUCUUUCUUAUGAAGUCCAAAAUUCGUUUUUAGAUCUGGCUUUAUCUUGUAAAGCUGUCAUCUGCUGCAGAGUCUCACCUCUCCAGAAAUCAGAAAUUGUACAAAUGGUUAAAAAGAAUGUUAAUGCCAUCACUCUAGCAGUUGGAGAUGGAGCCAAUGAUGUGGGGAUGAUUCAAACUGCGCAUGUUGGAGUAGGAAUUAAUGGCAAUGAAGGCCUGCAAGCCACCAACUCCUCUGAUUACUCCAUAGCACAGUUUUCAUAUUUAGAAAAGCUUUUACUAGUCCAUGGAGCCUGGAGUUAUAUCCGAGUGACAAAGUGCAUCCUUUACUGCUUUUACAAAAAUGUGGUGCUGUAUAUAAUCGAGCUUUGGUUUGCAUUUGUCAAUGGAUUUUCAGGACAGAUUCUCUUUGAGCGGUGGUGUAUCAGCCUCUAUAAUGUGAUUUUCACUGCCUUACCUCCCUUCACAAUGGGCAUUUUUGAAAGGACUUGUAGUCAAGAGAACAUGCUGCGAUUCCCACAACUUUAUAAGAUUACCCAGAACGCAGAUUGCUUCAACACAAAGGUUUUCUGGGGUCACUGCAUAAAUGCUUUGAUCCAUUCCGUCAUUCUCUUCUGGAUUCCCCUAAAGGCACUUGAACAAGAUUCAAUUUUUAUGAGUGGGUAUGCUAUGGACUAUUUAGUUCUUGGCAACAUUGUUUAUACAUAUGUUGUCGUAACUGUAUGUUUGAAAGCUGGCUUUGAGACAACUGCAUGGACAACGUUCAGUCACUUGGCAGUGUGGGGCAGCAUAUUGUUAUGGUUGAUCUUUUUGGCUAUCUACUCUGUCCUCUGGCCCACCAUACCUCUAGCACCAGACAUGCUUGGACAGGCUGAGAUGAUCAUGAAAUGUGCAUCAUUCUGGUUUGGACUGAUUCUGGUGCCCAUUGCAUGUUUGAUAAAAGACAUAUUUUGGAGAGCAGGCUGGCAUACUUACCGUAAAACUUUGUUGGAGGAGGUUCAGGAGCUAGAAGCCCGAUCCCAAGAUCCUUCAAAGGCUGUAUUGCGUGAUUUCAGUGCAAAGAGUCUGAAUGAACGUGCUUAUUUGCUGAAGAGAGUGUUUAAGAAAAGUUCUUCAAGCCUUGCUCGGGCCCAUCCUGGUCAUCGUGUGUCACAUGGCUAUGCUUUUUCUCAAGAGGAAAAUGGUGUGGUUUCACAAAGGGACUUAAUCCGUUCAUAUGAGACCAGCAAAGUGAAGUUACCUACAGACUGACCAGCAUUACCUUCCUGAAGUAUUGGACUGAUUAGUGAUUUUUUUUUGUAAGACAUUUGAGCAUGCUGACCAUCAGUACUGAUCAUAAUCAGUGACAGUUAAGAGAAAAGAUUCCUCAUAUUUGUGGCCUUAGCCAAAAAGCUUGAUUUACAUUUAUUCUCUUCUGAGGUCUAAUGCUGUAGAGUAUUUUGUGUUGCUGUUUUGGUCAGACUGAAAUAAUGUAAUAUUGUAGCUGCUUAUAUAAAAAAAAUUGUUCAAAAGAGUACAGUACCUUUUUAGGUGGAGCGGAAUGGAACUGCCACUCCAUACCCCACUAUCUCCCUCCCCACCCCUUUCCAUACUCGGGUUCAAAAUAUCUUCAGCAGGUUGACUAUCUGUACUGGAGGUGAAGGACAGAGUGGGUGAGGAAUAUGUACACUUAGUUCACUUGGCCCACAAGAUCUGAAAUUUUACUGCAAUUCCUUGGUAGUGGGAGGAUGGGAACACAUGGGCUCUGCCAGUGGCAGUCAGUAAAUGCCUUUGAGAUCUUGUAUUUGUUAUAAAAAGAAAGUACAUACACAGCUGUUCAACUUGUCAUACAAUAAUGACAUCAGAGCAACCUAGCUGUAUCUCAAAAAAAACUGUAGAGAAUCAGAAUGAACUAAUAUCCCAGACUCGCUGUUUAAUCCAUUGGGACUUAGAUAGUCUGUUUAAUGCUUUUGUGAUAUUCUCAUGUAUUAUAAUAUUCCCAAACAAUAUUUCAUGCAGCAAUCUGAUUACCAAAUGCAGGAAAGUCCUACAUGAUAUAUUAGCCUUUUUGUGAAAAUAUCAUCUGAUGGUUCGGCACACAUAUGUGACUUAAUCUGUGUGUGCUGGGUUGUUGAGAUGGAGUGGUGUAAUGCAAAUCACUACCCACUGCCUCUAACACAGUGAACAACUGACCUUGGUCUCCCCUUCUAGGGAGAAACUAAGCUGAAGCUGAGUGCUUCCCCAUAUGACAUGAACACCAAUCCAAACUGUUGUUCCCACCUUUUAACUGGCCUUGAUCCCCUUGCCAGAGAUUUUGCAAUAGAUUGCAGUGGGUGCCAUUUCAACAUAGCUGAGUCUAUAGUUCAUAAAGACCUGGAGAAAAUGAAUAUCCUUUUAUUCUAUCCCCCCCAAUAUGUAUUUAAAAACUAACUCCUUUCAUAGUUUAGAAGUCAACUGAAGUCCAAUGAUAAAAUCCUGUCUGAGCCACAGCUGAUGUUUAGAAUUACUUUGUUUUUAAUUAAUUCUAGGAAC